CUAUUUCUUUUCACCACAUAUUCAAAAACCACAAAUCCCCCACUUUACAAGUUCACAACUAUUCAGGUAAAAUCCUUCUCUCUUCUUUCUUCAGCUUCAAUCCAUCAUCAUCUCUUACGUUAUCUUUUCCUCUCAAAAAUAUCUCAGUGAUAUCUUGAGAAAACACUGAAAGAAGGAAGGAAGAUAACACACGCUCAAAAUGACCAUUUCAUUGCCUGACUUCUUCCCCCACCCUCUCCCCUCUCAUCAUCCCCUCCACAAACACACUCCCUCCGUCCCCUACAGUGCCUCAGCAUUCACUUUCAAGAACCAAAAUAUCAACAACACCACCACCAAACUCUGCUCUUCAUCAUCAACUAGGCCACCACAACCCCAACCGAACCUCGAAUCCAAAGAGACGCACUACAUGAAACUCCUCAACCGAUCCUUCAAGGCCGGUAAGUAUAAUGAAUCCCUCUACUUUCUUGAAUACACGGUCAACAGAGGAUACAAGCCCGAUGUGAUCCUAUGCACAAAGCUCAUCAAAGGCUUCUUCGGUACUAGGAACCCCGAUAAAGCUGUUAAAGUCAUGCAAACCCUUGAGAACUACGGCCAGCCUGAUGUGUUCGCGUACAAUGCACUCAUCAGCGGAUUCACAAAGGCCAACCAAUUCGAUUCAGCCACCAAAGUGUUGGCUAGGAUGAGAAGUAGAAAUUGCCCUCCUGAUAUUGUUACGUACAACAUACUAAUUGGGAGCCUUUGUAGCAAAGGGAAGUUGGGGUUGGCUCUUGAGGUUCUUGAUCAGUUGUUGUCUGAUAAUUGCCAGCCAACGGUCGUUACUUAUACUAUUUUGAUCGAGGCAACGAUAUUAGACGGGGGAAUAGGGGAAGCUAUGAAGCUUUUGGAUGAGAUGACAUCAAAGGGGCUAACACCCGAUAACUAUACGUACAAUGCGAUUAUCAGAGGGAUGUGUAAAGAGGGGUUUGUGGAUGAAGCUCAUGAGUUCUUGAACGCGUUGCCUUCGAGAGGAUGUGAGCCCGAUGUAGUCUCUUAUAACAUAUUGCUUCGGGGGUUUUUGAGUAGGAAAAGAUGGGAUGAUGGUCAGAAAUUGAUCGGCGAAAUGAUGUCUAAAGGGUAUAAGCUAAAUAACGCAACUUACAGCAUUCUGAUCAAUUCUUUGUGUCACGGGGGGAUGGUGGACCGAGCAAGAGAAGUGCUGAAGGAUAUGGUCGAAAAAGGAUUGAAACCCGAUACUUACAACUAUGACCCGUUAAUUUCAGCUUAUUGUAAAAACGGGAGGCUAGAUUUGGCGAUCGAGUUCAUGGACUACAUGAUAUCAAAUGGAUGCAUACCCGAUAUCAUCAACUACAACACAAUCUUGGCUACAUUAUGCAAGAGCGGAAACCCCGACCACGCGUUGGAGAUAUUGGAUAAUCUCGAGGAAACAGGAUGCUCUCCAAACACGAGUACAUACAAUGCACUUAUCGGUGGUCUUUGGAACUGUGGGAACCGAUCGAAGGCUCUUGAGAUGGUAUCGAUGAUGAUGGAGAGGGGAAUCGACCCCAACGAGAUUACCUACAACGUUUUGAUCUCGUGUUUGUGUAGAGAUGGGAUGGUGGAUGAGGCUAUAGGAUUGAUGAGGGACAUGGAGAGUGGAGGGUUUAAGCCUACGGUGAUCACUUAUAACACCGUGCUUCUCGGAUUGUGCAAGGCUCAUAGGAUUGAUAUAGGGAUCGAUGUACUCGAGGAGAUGACGGUGAAGGGAUGUAGGCCGAACGAGACUACUUACAUUCUUCUUGUUGAAGGAAUUGCUUAUGCUGGGCAUAGACCUGAAGCUAUGGAAUUGGCGAGAGAGUUGGUAUCUAAGGAUGUUUUUACCGAGGAUUCUGUCAAGAGACUCGAUAGGACUUUUCCUAUGCUGAACUUGUAUAAAGGGACGCCACAGUCUAAACACAAGGUCAACUUGAUGUCCAACCCUUAGCAAGAGGUUGGUUAUUUCAAGAAUUGAAACCUUAAAGAGCAGAAUUUUUUCUCAAUUUUGGCAUACUUCCCCACUCUCUUUGUAUUGUGCACAGGUUUUAGGUAUUUGCAAUCUGACAUAAAAUUGUGGGUCAACUUGUGCUCUCAAGUACUCUGCUUCUUUAUGUCAUUGCAUUUAGCUUCAAGUUUUCUGAUU